CAAACAUUCAUCUUACAGUUCAACGAUUCUGGUACACUCUUAUUUGUCGCUGUCAAAUCUCAGCUGCCGUGCUAAUUUUUAGAGGCAGAAGGCAUCAUCACCUCUUAAGCUAUAGCUUCAGCCACUCUCAAUGGAACACGCUGUCCCCAGCCCUCGUGUGAACUUUCAGUCGAUGGAAAGAUACAUGGGCAGAAAUGUGCUCCUCGUCUGCAAGGUGGAAUCUGUGGAAGGCAAUCGAGCGAACGUCGUCACAUCGGAUGGGGGACGUGUCAUCGUAUCGUUGAAGCAGACAGCCGUGGACACACAAUUUGUGGAAUUUGAGGGCACUGUAGAGGCUCCAGACCAGCUGAGGGAGACAGACAGAGCAUACUUUGGAGGGAACUUUGAUCUCAGUGCCUACAACGACCUCUGCAGGUUGUCCAACACCGACUAUGCCAGCCUCUUUGCCUGAAGCUAGACAUCGCCAGCUACAUGAAAGUAUAGCACUGUCUUGCAUUCAAGUCAUCUGUGAAGCUGCUUUCAUCUGACAGUCUUGGAGGUCCUAAGGGUGUUUUUAAGUGCACAAUAAUGUCAAAGCAAGUAUCAAAUGCUCAUUCACUGGUGACAAGACUCUCUAAAUUGGUGUAGAAGGGGUGAAUGUUUCAUGAUAACUGCCCGGGACCUAUCCGGAAAUUGUCAACGUGCAUCAUGCAUAUGAAUCAUGGCGCUCAUUGUCAUGGACUAUUGACUGCAUGCUGGGGGGCAGCUUGAUAAAGACGCUAUGUAAUAGGAACAAACCAAG